CCCUCGGUGUUGUUCGCUCGCUCUGCUGCAAAAUGUCAGGAUUUCGCACGGCCUGACUUCGCCCCGGUGCCGAAAAGACGCGUUUCCCGGAUCGAACGUGCGUUCGGCACUUUUGCAAAAGUCCCAACGCACCCCUAGGAGGGUGGCCUGUGGCCCAUUUCGGCUUCAGGGCGCAGAAAUCGGCCGUAAUUUGCGGAGGGGAACCACGCCCCACGCCGGUUGAUCAAAGGAAGCAGUCCAUUAUCUCGAGCUAUUUUAUCAUCUCUGCAUCCACUUGGCGGGCCGAUGUGUUUUUCGCGUUUGUCCGCAGGUUCUUGACUCGUGAGCCGCAGCAAGAUGGAGAAAGGAAUGACAACGUCAGACCAGCCUUCUUCGGUGGCGUCCUCGUCGCGCGGAGGAGACAAAAAGACGGCCAAGAAGGACUCGAAGGAUAAAACGUCGCCGUCGAAAGGUAAAAUAAUAUGCCACACCUGCAAGAAGAAGUGCUCUGGAGAGGUGCUGCGCGUGCAGGACAAAUAUUUCCACAUCUCCUGCUUCAAGUGCAAAGUGUGCAAGGCGUCGUUGGCCCAAGGCGGCUUCUUCAACCACGAGGGCGCCUACUACUGCACCAGCGACUACCAGCGCCAGUUCGGCACCAAGUGCGUGGCCUGCGGCGACUACGUCGAGGGUGAGGUGGUCACGGCCCUCGGCAACACCUAUCAUCAGCGAUGCUUCACAUGCUCUUUGUGCCGGAAAGCAUUUCCAUCGGGAGACCGGGUCACCUACAAUGGGCGGCAGGUGUUGUGCCAACGGUGUGCCGAGGGCGGGCAGCGGCCUGUCCCGCAGAGCUCCCACCUGCAGCAGGUGACCACCGGGUCGCCGGCGGUGCCCAACUCGCUGCCUCUCCUCUCUUCGCAGUGCGCUGGCUGCCAGGAAGAGCUCAAGGAGGGACAGGCGCUGGUGGCCCUCGACAGGCAGUGGCACGUUGCCUGCUUCAAGUGUCACGCCUGUGGCGCCGUCCUUCAGGGAGAAUACAUGGGAAAAGAUGGAAUUCCCUACUGCGAGAAGGACUACCAGAAACAGUUUGGUGUCAAGUGUGCUUACUGUAGUCGUUACAUAUCAGGAAAGGUGCUUCAGGCUGGUGAAAAUCACCACUUCCAUCCAACUUGUGCUCGAUGCACAAAAUGCGGAGAUCCUUUCGGUGAUGGCGAAGAAAUGUUCCUGCAAGGCGGCGCCAUUUGGCACCCGCGGUGUGGCCCUGGCCCCACCGAGAACGGAACCAUCCUCAAUGGAAACGGUUCUGCCCUGGAUGCUUAUGAGAACGGCACCAGAGACGGCUACGCCACCACUGACACUGAAGGUGGUUUUGACCACAUGAGCAGUGCUGCCCCCAGCGAGAUGCAGUUUUCUUUACGUUCUCGUACACCCAGUUUGAAUGGCUCAGUGUGUUAUAGUCCUCACUUAAAUAGCUUGAAUAGAAAGUCUAACACCUUUCAGUACCGAUCAAGCUCCCCGGGAUUGAUCCUGCGAGAGUACAAACACCCCGAGGACAUCAGCCGCAUCUACACUUACAGCUAUCUGACCGAGGAACCAAAUAACGCAUCUUCCUACUUGCGUCGACCCAUUGACCCUUACGACAAGCCACCCACCAGCCCUCACUUUCACAGGCCCCACUCGGCCCAGUCAUCGUCACGCUCCCGAGUGUUGCUGAAGCACGGCUCUCGAUCUGCCAUGCAGGUGCUGGUGGACAGCAUCAAGACGGAAACUCCGCGGCCCAAGUCGCCGCACAUGAACAAUGAGGAGCCCAUCGAGCUGGCCCACUUUCCGGCCGCCAAGCGUCCCCCUCCGGGCGAGAAAUCCAAGAUCGAGCGGGACGACUUUCCGGCCCCUCCCUAUCCGUACACAGACCCUGAGCGACGGCGCCGCUGGUCAGACUCGUACAAGGGCGUGCCCAUUUCCGACGACGAGAAUAACGAGGUGCAAAGUCCGAACGGACCCGACGAGAUCGACUGCAAAGUCAUUGAGAAUGUCAAACUGAGGAGGGAGGAGGCCGAACUGUCCAAGAUCGCCACUGGCAUCGGCAAGGUUUUCCUGCAGAACGUCAGGGAGAGGGAAAAAAUGAGGCAGUGGAAGAUGAGCCACUUGGACCCGAGGAACGCUUCGAGGACUCCGUCGGCCGCCAAAGAGCCAAUCAACCGACUCAGAUACGAGUCCCCUAUCAAUGCAUCACCAUCUCGCAAUAUGGACCACCCCCGGCCAUGGGAGGAGGAUCAAUUCGACAGAAGCUCUAGCUACCGAUCAUCUGUGGGACGAUCGACUGGUGCUAUUCCCAGCUACAACGUUCUCCACUCAGCCCCCAAACCUGGCUACGGCCUCAAGUCGAGCACCCUCCCGGCUUCAGGACGGAACGGCUUUUACUCUCCGCCCGGCGUUUACAGCGGAGGGGACUUCUCAUUCAGUGGAUUAGGUGAAAAGACACAGAGCACAGAAUUCAGCAGUGGAAAAUCAGACAUUUCAGGAGGCUCAAUUUGUGAGGUAGACCGCAGAGCACUCGGGGGUCAUGUGACCGACGCUUCAAGUGAGUUCCGCAGCUCGACGACCUUUGGCGGCGGCAUCCAGAGGUGCUACCCUGCCUUCGUGCCGGCCGCCUCGCACUCGUACAGCCCUCACCUGCGUCGCUCGCUGCCCACCCUGAACCACAGCAUGGCCGUGGCCAUGUCGGCCGCCUCUGCCGAGCCGCCAAAACUCUACCCUUACCACCUGCUGAUGACCACCAACUACCGCCUGCCUGGAGACGUUGACCGCCUUAACCUUGAGAGGCAUCUGUCUGACAGUGAGUUUGAGAUGAUUUUCCACGUGCCCAGAAUGGAAUUCUACCGCAUGCCGCAGUGGAAGCGGAACGACCUGAAGAGGAGGGCCCUCCUCUUCUAAAAUACCACCCAGCAUCACUUCACAUCAGAAAAAUUUUGGCGUCAAAUGCUUUUGAUGCUUCUCUAGUGCAGCCGAAAUAUGUGCAUCUCUCUCUCGAGUUACCUUUUUAUCAACUUCUUUGUAAUUAGUCACAUCAUCAGUCGCAAUUUUACGCAACCUAGGGUAAAAAUACUAGCUUAUUAUUCUUUGUUGUUUAAGUUCCUAUGGGUGAUUUUUUUUCUCUGGUAACCAGGUGCUGCUGCAGUUUUUAUUUUAUUUAACCACUAACGCGAGAGUGUGCUUUUUGAAGUCUCCAACUACGGAGCGCAAAUUCAAUGUUGAUCAAUGACAGGUGCUUUUUGAAACGCAAUGUCUAUAAUAUUAAAAAAGAAGAAAUACCAACAACUACUAAUGUUAACAACAGCAAUAGACUUAGUACUUUAGAGGGAGCGAGAGAAAAAAAUUGAUUAUAUAUUUGAGUGAUGAGGACUGUAUUAAAUGAUGCAGCUAUUUGAAUGUGAAGAAAAGACAAGUACGAAGUCAGAAAGAAAUAAUUUGAUCAGAGAGAUUGAGCAGAUUUUAAGAUUGACCUUCUAAAAAAGCUUAAAUUCAAUAUAUAUAUCUACAGCUAUGCCUUAUGUAAUUUUAUCCCACAACAUUUGUGAAUGACGAAAAACCUGGCCCACGUCUGAAUUGAGGGAAGCUCGGUGAACAGAGUGGGCCAGAGUUUUUGCAAACAUGCUUAUAAUAAGUAAGAGCAGCUGUCUAAGUGCGAGAAGUGACUGCAUAUUCAAAUGUACGCUGAAUUAGAAAAUCUAUGCUUAUAUAAAUAGUGUUAAUAUAUUGUGCAAAAAUAGUCGUUGAACCGCUUCUUCCGCUGCUGCUGCCUCUCGAUGAGAGACGAACCUGAGCAUUUAUUGAGGAAAGCUGCUGACGUACAUAAUUAUAUAUUUUGAUUGGCAAACGAAAAUCAAAUUUUUUAACUCCUUCAACUGAGGUAGCUAUUGAUUGACUAAUUUUGCCCCACUCUCAUGUGCUUGUACUUUUUGCUGACAUAUUUAUUGGACCACUGUUAGACGCACCCUUUUCUUUAGACUAGAUUUAAGCCGUUUUUCCAUUUCAUAUUGUUUUGACCUCGUAUAGAUAUCUAAACUGUGCACAAAAGUUGUUUCCUUUGAUUAUUGAGAAAUGAAUUAUACUUUGUCACUUUUUGUAAACACGGUUUAUCAAAAAAUCUUCACGCGCCAUCAACAAUCUUCAGCGCCUGUGCAAAUUUGUUGCAUUUUCUCAGUGCUUAAUUUUUUUCACGAUUUACUGUAUGAACUUUCUAUUAUUUUACGACGAUGUUCCCUUUUUCUGGUCUGUCUUGAAAAACUUAUAAAUUGAUUAGAUUUAAACCUGUUGUCAUCAAUCUCUUCAAAAUAAAUUGAAAUGAACCUGA